AUGGCCAAAAAAAUUCAGCAAAUCAAUAUCGAUUUGAAAAGAAUCAAUGAAGGAGCAAGGAACUUUAGCCUCCUGUCACAAACUGGAGCUAGAGAUGCACCUGCUCUUUCUCCUCCUAGUGGAGGGGGACUUAUGAAGAACAAAGAAACUAACUUUGUUACUGUUGAUACGAGUUUUGUUGGAAAAGAUGAUGAUGUUUCAGCAAUAAUAACACAAUUGAUUGCCACGAGUAAUAAUGAAACUAUCUUUGUUCUUCCCAUAGUAGGCAUGGGCGGGAUUGGGAAGACCACAUUGGCUCGAAAAGUUUUCAACGAUCCAAGGAUUGAAAAGCAUUUUGAAAGUAGAAUAUGGGUGUGUGUGUCGGAGGACUUCAAUGUAAAUAGGCUUUUUGGUUUGAUUCUAGAAUCAUUACAACUCAAAGGGCUUGAUGUUGAGAGUAGGGAAGCCAAAGUGAAGCAGCUUAAGCAAUUAUUGAAUGGUAAAAAGUAUCUCCUGGUCUUGGAUGAUGUGUGGAAUAAGGAGUCCACACCAUGGAAUUAG